UAUGAAAACAAUAUUUUGCAGUUUUUAAAUGACUUUACUCAAAUAGCUUAAAAGCUGGUCAUUUUUUUGUGAUGUAUGCUUGGUAUAGACAAAUACAUGCUCCCACUGGUGUAGAACAAUGUGUAUAUUGUAAUUUCGCCUCGGAAAAAGAGAAAAACCUUUUAGUAACAGCUGCUUCUCAACUAACUGUAUACAGACUGGAAAGAAAUUAUGAGGUCACUACAAAGACAGAGAAUGGAGAAGAAAAUACAGUUGUGAAAGAGAAAUUGCAACAAAUAGGCUCAUGGCAAUUGUUUGGAAACGUUGUUCGAAUGCGAUCUGUGCGUUUAGCUGGCGCGAAACUAGAUUCUGUUUUGCUCAGUUUUGCUGAAGCAAAACUAUCUAUUAUAGAAUUCGAUCAAGCUACUCAUGAUAUCAAAACUACGUCACUUCAUUACUUUGAAGAUGCUUUAUAUAAAGAUGGAUCAUACCAGAGAAUCACGUUACCCAAAAUAGCUGUGGACCCUGAAUCCAGAUGUGUGGCGUUACAACUGACAACUAAAUCAGUGGCUGUGGUGCCACUCAGAGCAAAUACCGCGGCACUUGCCACUGAUGAUGGUGCUGCGCCACAAGAUAAUGUUUCUUUGCAAAACAAAAGAUCGACUACUUCUUACACGAUAGACCUGCAUGCCGUGGACGCUAGACUGCAGCGUAUAAUUGAUAUACAGUUUCUACACGGAUAUAAUGAACCUACUUUGUUGGUUCUUUUUGAAUCACUAAGAACCUGGGCGGGAAGAGUAGCAAUGCGGCAAGACACAUGUAACAUCGUCGCAAUCUCGUUAAAUAUGGCAGAACAACUGCAUCCAGUUGUUUGGUCACUUAAUGGGUUACCAUUUGAUUGUAAAUAUGCUUACCCUGUACCUAAACCAAUAGGUGGUGUUCUUAUUUUCGCCGUGAAUUCUAUUUUAUAUUUGAAUCAGAGCGUCCCCCCAUACGGUACAUCACUCAAUUCAACCACAGAGAAUUCAACUUCGUUUCCCUUAAAACCACAAGAAGACGUAUGCAUGACGUUAGAUUGUAGUCACGCGAUGUUUAUUUCUCCCGAAAGUUUGGUGAUCUCGCUUAAAAACGGAGAACUAUAUGUUCUCACAUUGCUAGUAGACAGUAUGCGGAGUGUGAGAAACUUUCAUUUCGAUAAAUCAGCGUCAAGUGUUCUUACUUCUUGCCUUACUGUACUGGACGACGGUUUUCUGUUUUUGGGAUCAAGACUUGGAAAUUCUCUGCUUUUAAAAUAUACAGAAGCAAGACCAGUAUUCCGUAACUGCUACCACACAGAUAGAGGAACCAGCAGCAAAAAGAAAACGUCUAAAUACUGCUGCAGACUGGCAUCAGACACAAACGAUAUCGAUCUCCAGAUGUACGGUAAAGAUACAGUUACGUCAGAACCGCUGUCGUCCUAUAAAUUUGAGGUAUGUGACAGCCUUGUUAAUAUUGGUCCGUGCGGGGCAGCUGAGUUAGGAGAACCUGCAUUUCUCUCUGAAGAAUUUGUUUCUCAGCGCGAAUCUGACCUUGAACUCGCAAUUUUAUCGGGCCAUGGAAAAAAUGGGGCAAUAAGUGUUUUACAACGAUCAGUAAAACCACAAGUUGUCACAACUUUUGAACUGCCUGGAUGUAUUGACAUGUGGACUGUCAAAUCUGUGUGCGAAAAAACGGAAUUACCCACAAAAACACAACAACAACAACAUAGUUAUUUAAUCCUUAGCAGAGAAGAAUCUACGCUUAUUUUGGAAACUGGUAAAGAGAUAAUGGAAGUUGAAAACAGUGGUUUUAACACAAGAGAACAAUCGGUUUUUGUCGGUAACAUUGGUGGUGAUAAAGAGCUUAUUUUACAAGUUUGUGCUUCAGGAGUGUGGUUAUUGGCGGGCGUUAAACUACUUCAACAUAUACCCCUGGAGUUAGGGAGCCCCAUUACCCAGUGCUCAAUAUGUGACCCCUAUGCCCUCCUACUAACAAGCGAUGGGGACCUUAUUAUGUUAACGUUAACGAACGAUCUCGAUUCCGAAAACGGGGUUAAAUUAGAAUGUUGUAACCCAUCUAUAAACCAGGUCCCGCAAAUAGAACAUGUAUGUCUGUACAAAGAUACAAGUGGUCUGUUUAAAACAGCUAGUGGCCCUUCCGAUGUAUUUUUACCUGAAGACAGUUCCAAUAAAGGAGUUUCUGAUUCAGAAAUACCCUCUUCACUGCCAAGGACACCGCUUUCUUCAAAAACUUUUACGGUAGACGAAGAAGACGAACUGUUAUACGGGGAAUCAGACCCCGACGUGAUUUUCGCGCCCCAAUUUGCCCCAAAUGUCCCAAAAUCCCCCACCCAAAACGAGCCUCUAGAUGGAGACAAAGAGGGGAACGAAGAAUUUACGUUCUGGGCGAUAAUUGCGCGAGAAAAUCGGAAUUUAGAGAUAUAUAGUAUGCCCAGCCUGGAUUUGGUUUACACCAUUAAAAAUUUCUCAUUUGGUCAAAAAUUACUGACAAAUAGUGGGCCUGUACAUUCUUAUUCAGUUUCGAAAGACGACAAAUCAACAUCAACAAGAUAUUCGGACAAACCAAGAAUUUUUGAAAUUCUUCUUGUCGGUCUAGGAUACAAAAACUCAAGCCCUCAUUUAAUUGCAAGAAUAGAAGAGGAAAUUUUAAUUUAUGAAGUUUUCAAAUUUUCUGCUCCAGAAAAAUUCAAAAAAUAUAAUUCGUUACAAAUCCGUUUUAAAAAGGUGAAUCACAGCAUGAUGAUACGACGUGCUCCCGUGACUCAUGAGACAAAAACUGACCAAUUAGAACACAGGAACUGUUUAAGAACAUUUUCAAACAUAGGCGGAUAUUCUGGGGUGUUUUUAUGUGGCCCAUACCCAUAUUGGAUAUUUGUGACAAUACGUGGGGCUCUCUGCUGCCACCCAAUGAGCGUAGACGGUUCUGUUUCUUGUUUCGUUCCGUUUCAUAACGUCAACUGCCCAAAUGGUUUUCUUUAUUUUAAUAGUCAGGGCGAACUACGUAUAUGUAUGUUACCCCCACACAUGAAAUAUGAUACAGCCUGGCCGAUGAGAAAAAUAACGCUCCGUUGUUCGGUGCAUUUUCUAGCUUACUCUAUUGAGCACAAGGUCUACGCUUUGGUUACAAGUGUAUCAGAACCUUGUACAAGACUGCCGUAUCUUACUUUCGAAAAUGAGCGCGAAUUUGAGGAUCUAGAAAAAGGCGACCGUUUCAUUUAUCCUCAUAUUGAUAAAUUUUCUGUGCAAUUGAUUUCACCUGCUAGCUGGGACUUAGUACCAAACGCAAGAUUAGAUAUGGGUGAAUUCGAACACAUUACUUGCAUGAAGAAUGUCUGGCUUAGUUGUGGUCAAGAUUCUUCAGCGCGACAAAAUUUCCUGGUUCUUGGUACAGUAAAUGUGUUUGGUGAAGAAAUGAGUUCUCGUGGUAAAAUAAUAAUCUUAGAGGUUAUAGAAGUGGUCCCGGAGCCAGGACAACCACUUACGAAAAACAAGCUUAAACAGAUAUAUUCUGAAGAACAAAAAGGACCAGUUACUGCUGUUUGUGGCUUAGAGGGAAAUUUAUUAACUGCUAUUGGGCAAAAGAUAUUUAUUUGGAGAUUUGACGAAAACCAAUCUUUGCGAGGCCUGGCUUUCGUGGAUACAAACGUGUAUAUACACCAUGCUCUCAGUUUUCGUAGCUUUGCUCUUGUGGGAGAUAUACAACGUAGCAUAACGCUACUUCGUUACCAAACUGACUUUAAGACGUUAUCCGUUACAAGUCGUGACGUAAGACCCCUUGAAGUUUAUACUGCAGAUCUUGUAGUUGAUGGAACUGGCAUUAAUUUCCUCGUUUCUGAUCAUGAAAAAAAUCUGGUUUUAUUUGCAUAUGACCCAGAGGACCACGAAAGCCAUGGGGGUAGUAGGCUCACGAAGCGGGCCGACAUGCAUAUAGGGUCCAGGGCAAACUGCAUGUGGAGGGUAGCAGCUUGCGGGGUGGACCGAUCAACGGGUUUACCAAACCAGCCUUAUGCGGGCGUACAUAUUACAAUGAUGGGCACAUUAGAUGGUUCUAUAUGCCAUGUCCUACCUGUCGCUGAAAAGGUCUACCGUCGUUUGCUUAUGUUGCAAAAUAUAAUGAUAACAGGGUUGCAACAUAUUGCUGGGUUAAAUCCAAAAGCUUUUCGGUAAGUAGAAAAUUUU